CGCACAGCCCGGGCCCCGCAGGAGCAGACCGCAGAGAAUCCCCCCUCCCAUCCCAUCCCUGCGAUUCAAGAAACUUUCAAGGACCAAUGAACCCAAUAGCUCAUGGAAGAAAAAAAUCCUAUCCGAACAUCCUUGGUUUCCAAGUUACCGAAGUAUGGAACAAAAUCUUUAGGGAGCACCCUACAGCCAAUGUCAAAUAGGACAGCUGUUCCCUUGUCAGGGAAUUCUCAUAGCAGCAGUGGCAAAAAUUGCAGCAAGCACAAUGGCACUGUUCAUAUGUCUUCCUUUGCUUUUAGCUGGCAAAAAUCAAAUAAAUAUCAACUUGGUGAUCAAAGUGGUGGUGAGUCUAACUCUGCCCAGAAUUCCAAUGAAAAACUAAUUGAUUCUGAGAAGUAUUCUCCCUCUCAAGGAGGAUUUGGUAAAGAUGUGGGCUUGAACAGCACUUCUUCAGUAGCAUCAAAAACAGCAAAGCAAGUCAACAUGUUUGUGUCCUCUACCGAAGAAUUAAACCAAAAGUCUUUGCCUGGACUGUCUAGUUCAGCGAAAUUCACCAAAGGUACGUUAUUUGGCAGGACUUCGUAUUCUGGACUCAGUGCUCCAAAAUCGCAUUUAAAUGGAUUUUAUGGAAAUAGGCCAUCUGUAGACUUGCAGAGGUGUAGAAUUAACUCCAAUGCCACCAGGACCAGUUCAGGAGAGAGUUUGGCACAAUCCACAGACAAUGCUAAAUCUUUGUCCUGUGAAAAAAUGGUUAGAUCACAAAGCUUUUCACAUUCCAUUCAGAAUUCUUUCCUACCCGCUGCAUCCUUAACCAGAUCACAUUCCUUUAAUAAAGCUGUAGAUCUUACAAGGCCUUAUCAAAAACAACAUCUGGCUAUUCGAGCAUCUCAGAGGUCAACUCUGUUGUCAAGAAAUGCCCAACAGUUGGAUGCACCCAGUGGAAAUGAACCUUUAAGAUAUGGAUUUACCAGGCCAUACACUGCUAUAUCAACCUCUGGUUUAAGAAAGCCACCGCUCUCAAAUGGAUCCGGGGUAUCGCCCUCUUUGGGGUAUGGAAUGAGUCGUCCUUCUUUACUGAAACCUACCAGACAGCAGUUUACUGGAAAGAUCAUUGUGGAUAACAGCAAAAGUACAAGUCCUGACAUGUGCAUAGUGAAGGUCUCUGAGAUUACGGUAAAUGUCAAUGGAGCCAUUGAGAAAAAAGACCUAGAAAAUGACAGUCAAAGAACAGAAUGUGGUGAAGCCCUUCAUGACAGUCUGGGGAAGCAUGGCUCUAAAGUCAUAUGCAUGAAUGACGAUGUGGAUGAAAUAUCCAUAUCUUCCUUGUCCUCUUCUGAGAAGAAUGACCUGAGUGAAGACUUUAGUGAUGACUUUAUAGAUCUAGAAGAUUCAAAUAGAACAAUACAAGUGAAGCAAGAAGUCCCUAUUGAAGAGUUAGGGCAUGGAGGUGCAACACCAGUAGAUCCAGUCACUUCUCUCAAGGAAAGUGAAAGUCCUCAUUGUGACACCGAUGAAUGGCUAGAUAUAGAUGUUUCUGCAGUAGAUGACAAGAAUGAAAGCACAAAGCAUACUAUUGGGAACAACUUGAUUUCUCCGGACAUGGACUACAGAGCUGGCUCCUCUUUUGAACUUUCUCCAUCUGAUAGUUCCGAUGGAACAUAUAUGUGGGACGAAGAAGGGUUGGAGCCCAUUGGGAGUGUCCAUCCAUGUGGAAGCUAUGAGUCUUCAGAAAUGAACAGCAUAGAUAUCUUGAAUAACCUUGAUUCGUGUGAUCUCGAAGAUGAUGAUCUCAUGCUUGAUGUGGACCUACCUGAGGACACACCUUGUGACAAUGUGGAGUGUGAAAAUAUGAAUCGUUAUGAUAGACAAGACAGAAAUACGCGACAGCAGCAGGAUGGAUUCUGGAAGAGGACACCGCAGCGUUGGAGUGCACAAGACCACUAUCACUUGGGCCAUGCAGGCCACUUUCCACAUGGCAAAAAUGACCUGAGCAGAGGCUCCAGCCACUUAGAGCCUCCUAUUGGUCACUUUGAAGGCUAUGGAGCACCAAACAUCUACCAGACUCCUAGACAGUUGGUGGGCUUACGGGAGAACACAGUGAUGCUUGAUGAAAUGACUCUUCGGCAUAUGGUUCAAGACUGCACAGCUGUAAAAACUCAGUUACUAAAACUGAAAAGAUUACUGCACCAGAAUGAUGAGAAUGUCUGUCUUCAGGACAUCCCACUCUCAAUACCAUCAAGCCCAGAACCACAGGAUGUUGAGCCUAUAUAUAAGACUGAAGAUCUGCUAAAUGAGAUCAGGCAGCUUAAAGAAGAUCUGAAGAAAAAAGAUGAAACAAUCAAACGAUUAGAGCACCAGCUUGCCACUAGGUGUAACUGUCACAAAGAUGGCCAAAAACCUAAAGGGACGAUGUGCACAUAUGCUGACAAAUUCACACAAACCUCCUGCAGGAGAAGUUCUCCUCAAGUACUACAGCCUUCCAGCAGCCUUCCCAGUUCCACAGACCUCGCCCAGGGAAAAUUAAUAAAAAUACCACAUAUCGAGGCCCACAGUGAAUACCCUAAACAGGGCCUGCAUGAAAACGACGAUCAUCACAAUCAAAAUGCUGCAAAUGGCUCUCACACAAAUAGCCUGAAUGAGUUGAACAUUUUACUGUGUAAACGUUUAAAUAUAAAGGACCUGAAUGAGAAUGAACCUUUUGAGGAGAAUUUGAAGGUUAAAAAGAGUGCUAAAGAACCUGGAGAGCUGGCUAGUAAUGAAGAUAGUACACUACAGUCUCUUCCCUCUUCUUGUCAGACACCCACCCAAAUGGAUGCUAGAGAUGUGCAGACUAAGUUAGCUGCGAAAAGUCAACCCUCAUCCCCAAACCAGGCUUCUCAGCCAAAGACUUUAAGAGCUUCAGAGCCCCCAAACCAGAAUGCUUUAGUGCCUCCUACAGUAGCCAAUACUGCAUCAUCCCCGAACUGCUCCACUGCUUCCAAGGCUGAGCUACCACCACCAAGUAGUGCAACACAGCUACAACCAACAUCUAGUCAGACACACCUAAAGAGUAAACCGAGUCAGAGGAUUUCUAAACUUCGCCCACCAACUAUUUCCUUUGUUAAAUCUAAACAAAUAAGCAGCCCAAUGCUUAUAUCUUCAGAACCUCAGAAUUCCCAUUCCAAGACUAACAUCCCAAGGCCGCUGGCACAAAGAAAGGAAAACGUGCAAAAUCAGAAUACCAGUUUGCGUUCUGGGGAUAGUUUGGUCUCUAAUCGGCAUUCCCGCCUCCCUAAACCAAAGACACAUUAAAAACAUGACAUCCAUAUGCACGUCUCAUUGGAAUGAAUCUGACAUAAAUUGCUUAUCACAUAUUGACUGCUUUAGUUAUGGCUUUGUUAUCCAAAUCCUGAAUGAAGAUUAAAAGUGAAAUCUGUCAUUAAUAUUUGCCUAUUCCAAUCUGACCUGUUUGGAAGUUGAUGCUAUCAAAAACUCUGCAGCUUCUCUUAAGAGAACAUAAUGGUUUAUACUUAAUUACACCUGUGGCCUGCAUUAGCAACUGGAUUAUAUUACCCUUCUCUCUCUCUUAAUACUUAACAAAUGCUGAAGCCUGUGAUGACCACUAACCACUCUUCCAGGGUGCUUCGCCAAGCAUUUGAGGAGGGCAGGUUGCUUGCAGAAAUCAUUUCUUGUUUUUAUUAAUGUGGACUAUCAGACAGGGAAAUCACUAUUUAAUCUAAUCUUUCGGUUCUGACUACCAGUUAGGUUUAUAGCAGUGGAAAAUAAUAUAGAGACCUAAUCUAUUAGCAUAUCUUUUCCUGGCCAUAAUUUGACUCUGUAUUCCAGAGACCUAUGCAAAAUCUUCGUAUUUAUCAAAAUUAUCCCAUGACUCUAGUGACAUGUAUUUAAUGUUGUUUUAAUCUAGAUUUGUUUUCCUACAGGUAUCAGAAUGUUGCUCUAUUUGCUUUUGAGCUCAUCUUCAUCAUUCACAGAUGGCAAGCAGAUCUCACAGGGUGAAAUGGCUCUUAUUGCACAGAAAUGUCAAUCCAUCCAUGCAUUGUAGUGAAAGUGUAGUAUGCUUUUGUGUUAUUUAAUAGCCAUUAUUGGGUAAAUUUUUGAAACAGAGUGCUAAGGAUACUUGUGCAAAAACCUGCUAAUGCAGGUGCUUCUGAGAUGGUGCGUAAUGAGUCUUGGAGAUACAGGGUCCAUGACACCUGUGCUGAGAGUUUCACAACAUACAUUUUAAUUAAGAACUUUUAACUUUAUUGUAGUAUUUUUGUAUUUAUUGACUUCCUGUUUACUAUUGGAAGACUCUGAAGUAUCCGACUUGAAAUGUUUGCACAAAACUUGGCUGUAUACGUAGGGAUUUGAAAUUAUUUUACAUAAAACUUUUUUUUUUUUUUUAAACGACUUUUUACUAAAACCCACAACUUUGCUUUGAGCAAUCCUAUGAUGUCCUAAUCAGAGCUGGUAUUCUGAGUAUUUCAGAGAAGGGUACUUUAUUAUUUUUUUUUUUCCUGGGAAGGAACUCGGUGGGUAAAUAAAAUAAGGAAAGAUAUUUCUGCUCUCUCUGGGUAGGUAUUCUCUCUGAAGGUGGUCUUCAAAUAUUUGUCUGUCAGGUGGCAGCCGUGGGGGCAUAAAGUUUGUAAAUGCACACACUAUAGAUUAAGUGCAUAUCCAGCAAAGUGUUCCAAAAAUUUACCCUUGUAUCCCACAAAAUCAUAGCAUCUUGUUUUCCUCAGUUGUUAUGUAUCUGAGACUCAAGCAGCAGAACACUGUCAGAAUUAGUAUUUUCAAAAACUUACUCUCCAAUGUGUAACAAAACAAAGAAACAACACACAGUAACACUGUGUUUUAGGCCUUUGCUGAAGGAAGAUGUAUUACAGUACACUUUUCCAGGGAAUAUAUUGUAUAUGUAUACAUCCACAGGAAUCUUCAAUAAUAAACUUUGGCCCUUCUUAAGCUAAGAUUGGCUAUUCCCAGUGAAAAAAUAAGUGACCUAAACUUUUGAAUAGCUGGCACAUGAACAACGCAAGCAAAAUGCUCACAUUGUUCUCUUUUAAUCAGCAGUGAGGUGAAAGAAAUCCAUAAGUACACUUCGUUUAAUCUGUUCAUUUCACAUCUGGUUAUACAAUUCUGAAAUAAAACAACCAUGUUUUUUGUUAAUUCAUAUUAAAAAAAAUCUACUUAGCAUUAAUAUUGCAGUAGUUACAUAGAUUGAUCAAAAUAAGUCUCACAACACUACUGUUAUGAUUGAUUUUUUUUUCUAGAAAGGCCCUGAAUAUCCUGUUUGCUGUCCAGAAGCAGAGUAGGCCUUAAUAUGUGAGGAGUAAAUAAAACUGAUUUUGAGUGUG